GGCAACACAUUUCUGUAAUUAUAAAACAUUAACAGAGAAAAGUGGUGAGAGUGAUGGCAGAGACUAGUGAGAGGAAGAAACCCCCCGUAAUAGAACCGCCGGACGACCUCCGUUGCCGCCGUACCGGCGGCCACACAUGGCGGUGCAAACACUGGCGGAUUCACGACCAGCCCUACUGCGAGGACCAUUUCCUUGCCUUACGAGCCAAUAAGAACAACAAAAAACCUAAGCCUCCUUCUACUUCUUCUGCUUCCGCUUCAGCGCAAAGAGACAAUGCGAAGAGGCUUCGAGAACGAGACGAAGAAGAAGCAACUGUUCCGGAGAAAGGCAAACACAAGAAGAAGCUGAAACUCGAAUCUCCGAAGGAGCAAGUGGAGCUAUUACUACUCGACAGGAAAGCCAGGAGCAGAGAGAAGAUCAAGCAAACGCUUAUGCGAUUGGAUGAAUGUCUCGAAAUCGACGACGAAAAACCGCUCAAAACGACGAAGACGAAGUCGUUUUCUUCUUCGUCCAAGUCCAACGCUGCGAAGCCAAAAAUCUCUGUUUCGGAGUCUGGGAUGUGUCACCAGUGCCAGAAGAGUGAUAGGACCGUCGCUCGCUGUCGGAAAUGUCGCAAGCGGUUUUGCGUUCCUUGCAUUCGGAGAUGGUAUCCACAAAUGACCAAGGAGGCAAUAGAAAAAUCUUGUCCAUAUUGUCAAGGCAAUUGUAAUUGCAAAUCAUGUUUACGUAGAAAAGAUGUAUAUGUGGAUUCUGGAGAUUUAGGAGUGCCUCAAAAUAAAGAUGAAAAGAUUCGACAUUUGAAGCAUUUGGUGCGAGCAUUGUAUCCUUUUCUGGAACAAUUUAAUCAUGAGCAGCAGUCGGAAAUGGAGAUGGAAGCAAAAACUAAAGGGUUAUUGCUUUCAGAUGUAGAAGUUAAGAAAAUUGUUUGUUCCAAAGAUGAACGUAUUUAUUGCAACAAUUGCAAAACCUCUAUUACUGAUUUUCAUAGGAGCUGCCCAAGUUGUUCAUAUGAUCUUUGCCUUACUUGUUGCCGGGAAAUUCGUUGCAAUUUCUUGUCAGGGGAAAUAGUUGAGCAGUGUGUUGUUGUUUCUAAUGCUCAUUCACAUGGUGGAGAGCCUUUAGAUCCGCACUCAUGCAAGAAAGAAUCGUCAGACAUUUGUCUUGAAUCGAGCUCUCUGAGACCAGAGCAUUUGUGGAAGGCUAUGAAAAAUGGUGCGAUCCCCUGUUCACCAAAGGAUAAUGGUGGUUGUGGAUAUGAAUAUCUUGAGCUGAAGUGCAUAUUUCCUCAAAAUUGGAUUUCAAAGUUAAGGGAAAAAGUGAAAAGAUUAAUCAAAGUACAUGGGCUAGAAGAUAAGCCCACAGUUUCUGCAUGGUGUAGUUCCUGCUUCAAAUCUCAUGAUGAAAUUGGCUCAAUCAAUGAGAAUUUGCGAAAAGCUGCCACUCGAGAAGGUUCAAGUGACAACUAUUUGUAUUGUCCUUCAGCUAGUGAUGUUAAAUAUGGGGAUCUUGAACAUUUUCAGGGUCACUGGAUUAAGGGAGAACCAGUUAUUGUUAGGAAUGCUCUUGAGUUAACCUCUGGCUUGAGCUGGGAGCCAAUGGUAAUGUGGCGUGCAAUGCGUGAAUUGACUUAUCAUGGUUCCAAGCAUUUGAAUGUGAAAGCAAUUGACUGCCUAGAUUGGUGUGAGGUUGAAAUAAAUAUCCAUCAAUUUUUCAAGGGAUACUCAGAGGGUCGUGCUCAUUGUGAUUCCUGGCCUGAGAUGCUCAAGCUCAAAGAUUGGCCUCCAUCUAAUCUAUUUGAGCAGAAGUUACCACGUCAUGGUAUUGAGUUUAUUAGUGCCUUACCCUACAAAGAGUAUACACAUCCUCGCACUGGUUUUCUUAACAUGGCCACAAAGCUACCUGAAAAGUCUUUGAAACCUGACUUGGGACCAAAGACAUAUAUAGCAUAUGGCUUUGCUGAUGAGCUUGGACAUGGAGAUUCUGUGGCCAAGCUUCAUUGUGACAUGUCAGAUGCGGUAAAUAUUUUGACACAUACUGAAGAUGUGACUUUCAGUUCUCAACAUCUUACCAAAAUAGAGAUGUUGAAACAAAAAUACGUUGCUGAUUCUGCAGUGAAGUGCAAAUCAACAUUAGAAGAAAAUAUUUCAGUGCAGGCUAAUGAUUUGUCAGUUCUUAAUUGGUCUUCCCUUAUCCAAAUGUCAAAAAUGGAAAAUGUUGGGCCCUGCAGAAAGCAUGCUACUGCUAAACCACCAAAUGAUAGCAUUCUUGAGAAAAAUGGCAAGGCUAUGGCUUCUGAUAGAGAAUUAAAUUCUUCUACAUCUGGAGUUGAAGUUCUAGUAGGUGUUAAUGCUCCAGUGUUGCAUGAAAAUAUCAGCUUAAAUUCUUCAAGUGCUUUAACUGCUAAUCAUGCGGAAAGUCUUAUGAAGGAAGAUGAGAUGGAUCUUAGUAAGUGUGAUGUUAACAUGGUGGAUGUGGAAGCUAAGGAGAAAUGGAGCAGCCCUAAGGAUAUUAAAGUUGGAGAUGGUAAGGAAGAUUUUAUCUCUUCACUUUGUAUAAUAAGAAAUGAUGAAGUGCAGGAUGACAUUGUUAAUGAAAUAGGAGGAAAUUCAGGAAUUUCAUUUGAAAUUGAAAAUGGUGAAAUGAUAAACUCUGAAGAAAGGAAUGCAAUUAUUGAGAGGGAAAUUGUUGUCAAAUCAUCGCAUGAUUUAGAUUUGAAGUCAGAAUUAAAUGCCUUGAGUAGCAAGUUACAAAUUGGAAAAAAGGAUUGGAAGGAGGAAAAUGUCGAGGAAGUGAAAAAAUCUAACACUGUUUCCUCUGUUGUGCAUACUUCAAUGAAUGAGGCGCCGCAGCAGGAUGCUGGAUAUAUUAGUCAACCUGUGGACUCUGGAAAUAUGGAUAGAGGACAAGAAUUUGCCAAGGGAGGUGCUGUCUGGGAUAUUUUUCGGAGGCAAGAUGUGCACAGGCUUGAGGAAUACCUUAAGAAGUAUUGUAGGGAAUUCAGGCAUCUCCAUUGUUCUCAAGUGGAGAAGGUUUUUCACCCCAUUCAUGAUCAAGUUUUUUAUCUGACUUCUUAUCAUAAAAGUAAGCUCAAGGAAGAAUUUGGAGUUGAACCUUGGACUUUUAUACAAAACCUUGGUGAGGCUGUUUUUAUACCUGCCGGGUGUCCCCAUCAAGUUAGAAACUUAAAGUCGUGCAUUAAGGUUGCUCUAGAUUUUGUCUCUCCUGAAAAUAUUCAAGAGUGUAUUCGUCUGACUGAGGAAUUUCGUUCUCUUCCCAAAAACCAUAAAGCAAAGGAAGACAAACUUGGGGUGAAGAAAAUGUGUCUCUAUGCAUUACGCAAGGCUGCAGACGAUUUGGAGAAGCUUGAAGGAUAAGUAGAGUAGCAAUGAACAUGUAAUUCAGCAGUACAUGUACAUAACCAGGUCGAUAUCUACUUGCAAUUUGAUUAUUAAACUUUGAACUUGUUAAGUCGGGGUUCCGAACACGAAGAAAUGAAUGUUAAGUAAAUGGUUUAUUUUCUCUC